CACCGGCCCCCGCCCCCCUCGCCAGGACCGGCCUAAGGGGGGAGGGGGCGUCCCCGCCCAGCCAGGUCGAAGGAGGGACCCAGGAGAGCCGACCACCCAGCCAGGUGCCGAGCACAACUGGUAACUUUCCAAAAGUCCCCCCAACCCGGCCAUGACCCGGCACUGACAUGCGACUUCACCAAGGCGGAAGCAUCGCAGGAAUUGUUCUAAGGUCGGCCGACACCCAAGACAUUCUGCACGCCUAGGGACCGAUUGCUCAGCCCAGGCGCCCGGCAAGAGCCCCGGAAGCAGCGAGACGGACGCGUCGGCCGGGUCCAGCCCGUCGGACGGACAAGGAUGAAGCCCGGCGUGUGGCUGCUCAUCGUGGCCGUGCUGGGGGCGGAGCUGCCCGAACACGUCUGUGCGACGGGGAAGGCGCCCAGGUUCCGCGGCCGUGUGCAGCAGGAGCGCAAAAACAUCCGCCCCAACAUCAUCCUGGUCCUCACGGACGAUCAGGACGUGGAGCUUGGGUCCCUGCAGGUGAUGAACAAGACCAGGGAGCUGAUGGAGCGGGGAGGCGCCUCCUUCGUCAACGCCUUCGUCACCACGCCCAUGUGCUGCCCGUCGCGCUCAUCCAUGCUCACGGGCAAGUAUGUCCACAACCACAACGUGUACACCAACAACGAGAACUGCUCCUCGCCCUCCUGGCAGGCGACGCACGAACCCCGUACCUUCGCAGUCUACCUCAAUGACACUGGCUACCGCACAGCCUUCUUCGGCAAAUACCUGAACGAGUACAACGGCAGCUACGUCCCUCCCGGCUGGCGGGAGUGGCUGGGUUUGGUCAAGAAUUCCCGCUUCUAUAAUUACACCAUCUGUCGCAACGGCAUCAAAGAGAAGCACGGAUUCGACUACGCCAAGGACUACUUCACAGACUUAAUCACUAACGAGAGCAUUAGUUACUUCAAAAUGUCUAAGAGAAUGUAUCCCCAUAGGCCGGUGAUGAUGGUCGUCAGCCACGCGGCCCCCCACGGCCCCGAGGACUCGGCCCCACAGUUCUCAGACCGGUUCCCCAACGCCUCCCAGCACGUAACACCCAGCUACAACUAUGCCCCCAAUAUGGACAAGCACUGGAUACUGCAAUACACCGGGCCCAUGCUGCCCAUCCACAUGGAGUUCACCAACAUGCUGCAGCGCAAGCGGCUCCAGACGCUCCUGUCGGUGGAUGACUCCAUGGAAAGGCUCUUCGCCAUGCUGCUGGAGACCGGUGAGCUGGAUAACACCUACGUCAUUUACACGGCCGACCAUGGCUACCACAUCGGCCAGUUUGGGCUGGUCAAGGGCAAAUCCAUGCCUUACGACUUCGACAUCCGUGUCCCGUUCUUCAUCCGCGGCCCCAGCGUGGAACCGGGAUCCAUAGUGCCGCAGCUCGUGCUCAACAUCGACCUGGCCCCCACCAUCAUGGACAUCGCCGGGCUGGACGUACCCCCAGACGUGGAUGGCAAGUCAGUCCUCAAACUGCUGGACCCAGAGAAAGCAGGUAACAGGUUCCGGCCGAACAGGAAGACCAAGAUGUGGAGGGACACGUUCCUGGUGGAAAGAGGCAAAUUUCUGCGCAAGAAGGAGGAAGCCCCCACAACGGCCCAGCAGUCGAACCACCUGCCCAAGUCGGAGCGGGUGCGGGAGCUGUGCCGCCGUGCCCGAUACCAGACUGCCUGCCAACAGCCCGGCCAGAAAUGGCAGUGCCUGGAGGACGCAGCAGGGAAACUCCGCAUCCACAAGUGCAAGGGACCCGGCGCCACCCUCACCGCCCGCAAGAAGGCCCGCAGCGCCCACGCCCGCGGCUUCCCUGGCCAGGAUGGAGACUGCCACUGCACGGACGCCCACCCCCAGCCCGCCCGAGGCCCGAGGAGGAGCCCCAACCACCGGCCGCUCGGGAGGAGCCCCGGGACCCAGAAAUACCAGCCGAGGUUCGUCCACACGCGGCAGACCCGCUCCCUGGCCGUGGCCUUCGAGGGCCAGAUCUACGACAUCAGCCUGGAGGAGGAGGAGCUACGCCGGGCGCCUUCCAGGAGUCUCGCCAAGCGGCACGACCAGAGCCCCCAGGCACCGGGCGGCCCCAAUGCCCUCGGCCAGCUGGAUCCCCUCCGGGUGACUCACAAGUGCUUCAUUCUUCUGAAUGACACGAUCCACUGCGAGAGGGAGCUCUACCAAUCCCCCAGGGCGUGGAAGGACCACAAGACCUACAUCGAUAAGGAGAUUGAAGUACUUCAAGAUAAAAUUAAGAACUUACGGGAAGUGAGAGGCCACUUGAAGAGGAGGAAGCCAGAGGAGUGUGACUGCAGUAAGCAGAGCUAUUACCACAAAGAGAAAGGGGUGAAAACCCAGGAGAAGCUCCAGGGUCACCUGCAUCCCUUCAAGGAGGCGGCCCAGGAGGUGGACAGCAAACCGCAGCUCUUCAAGGAGAGCCGCCGGCGGAAGAAGGCGAGGAAGGAGAAGCGGCGGCGGCAGAAGAAGGGCGAGGAGUGUAGUCUGCCCGGCCUCACCUGCUUCAGCCACGACAGCAACCAUUGGCAGACGGCGCCAUUCUGGAACUUGGGAUCCUUCUGCGCCUGUACCAGCUCCAACAACAACACCUACUGGUGUCUGCGCACCGUGAACGACACCCACAACUUCCUCUUCUGCGAGUUUGCCACCGGCUUCUUGGAGUACUUCGACAUGAACGUCGACCCCUAUCAGCUCACCAACGCGGUCCAUACGGUGGAGCGGGGUGUUCUAAACCAGUUGCAUGUGCAGCUCACUGAGCUACGAAGUUGCCAGGGCUACAGACAAUGCAACCCGCGGCCCAGGAGCUUGGAAACAGGAGGUCAAGGCGGAGGAAGUUACGACCCACACAGACGGCAGCUAUGGGACGGCUGGGAAGGUUAAACCGCCGCCGCGGGUCUCCGAGGACGCCGGUGGGCAAAAAUGGGAAGACGGGACAGAGUGUGCACAGACUGACUCAACCUUAGACUUUGAGGCCCAGGCGGCCAGGCCGGGCCUGGGCCGUGAAGGCCGGUGCCCCUGGGGGGGAUUUGUGCUGCCCGACGGUGACCGCCAAUAAGAUUUAAACUGUGGGGACGCGGCUUCUGCCGGGCGGGACUGUUGCCAGAGAGCCGCGGCUGGAUGACUCUGGACCGCCCGGCGGGGGCCCGGCCAUGCCACGCCCAGAGCACCCCUGUCAUCACGUAAUGACCCCCCUCCACCUCGCGCUGGGCCCGGGCCCAGCCUCCCGUGCACUGGAGCACCGCUGAACUGAGCAACACGUGGGGGAUCGGAGGCCGGGGGACUCUACUGGAGGGGGUUAAGGGGUUUGGUGCUGAGCUGGAGGCCAAGCAUCCUUACCCCCUCUAAGCCUUCGAGGCUUAGGAUGUGAGAGAGGGGCUGUCUGGAGAUCACCCCCACCACCACCCUGGCAGGGUAGCUGGGCGUGCCAGUCAUUGCACAGUGGUGGGGGAACCCACUCAGAUUGCUCUGGAGGGGCAGAGAAGAAAACACCAGCCAGAAAGGCCCUCCGCUGCCAGUUUCCCCUCCUUCACCUCCCCAGCCCCGAGCCCCUAGACCCCCAACCUCCCACCCACCGCCCCGUGCAGAUUGGGUCAGAGCACAAAGCUCAUCCGUGCUGCUUUUCAUCCCUGGCUCGCUCAUAAAGGUCACGGUAGCCACUGCCCGGCCGAGCUUCCCGCAGAUGCAGCUUUGCAGCUCGACACCCAUGGACCCCUGCUUUUAAAGCUUGCGAGUUUCCUCCAGAGGAAGGUCGCUUGUCCGGCUAGGAAAUUGGUCUGUCCCAGGGUCCUGAAGACUCCCAGUUUCCCCGGAGAAGACAGGGCAUUUUUGGAUUCGCUCUCCCCAUUUUUGCAGAGUGCCACCACCAGUGCCGGCCUUCGGCCUCCGGCUUUAGUUUCAGCCCUGGUGGGGUGGCCGAGGAAAGCCGGAGUCCGAUUGAGAGAAAAAAGCCCAGAUAGGUCCUUCCAGCUCGGAUUGGCCCGCAGGCUUGCUUCUGACCUCUCACUAGCCACGCAGGGACGGGAAAGGGGUUGGCAGAGGGAGCCCACGGCAUCUCCCCAUGGGUGUCUCCGGACCCUGGGGCUCACCGUCCCAAAGGGAACACUCCCAUCCCGCUGGGUCUCCCCUGGCCCUGGCUCCAUUCUCUGGUUUAGCCCGGUACGGUUUUGACGGCUGAGGCGGUGCAGUCCUUUGUGUUGAAGGGUCAAUCAGAGGGAAAGUUGGAAGAUUCCGUUGAUUCCUGGGCGAUGUCACGGAGGAGCGGGACUCGGUCGGGUGCUGAGUGACAGGCCGGGCGUAUUUAUGGUCGCGGAAGCUGCCGUGUACAUAGGGUUUGGGUCCUUAGGAGGCAGAUGGUGAUUUUUCCAUCCUGUACCUUUUUGUAGAACGACUCCGGCUUCAGGAAAGUGGAGAAGCAGUAUUUCUGAAAAUAAAAGGUGUUUGAAUUCCCACCGCUAAA